AUGGGUUAUCUUAACUUCACCAGCGGAAAUGAGACUUUGCCUGGCAGGCACCCUUAUACUGUGCAGACCUCUGUGCCUUUAACGAUCCUGGUGGGUAUCCUCAUUCUGCUGACUGUGUUUGGCAAUGUCAUGGUAGUUAUUGCUGUGAUCACAAGCCGUGCCCUGAGAGCACCUCAGAACUUGUUUUUAGUCUCUCUGGCAUGUGCAGACAUUUUGGUUGCCACCUUAGUGAUGCCAUUCUCUUUAGCAAAUGAACUGAUGGGUUACUGGUACUUUGGUAAAGUGUGGUGUGAAAUCUACCUGGCUUUGGAUGUGCUCUUCUGCACCUCAUCCAUCGUUCACCUGUGUGCAAUCAGUUUGGACAGAUACUGGUCCGUCUCUCAAGCGAUCGAGUACAACCAGAGGAGGACACCGGGCAGGAUUAAAUGCACAGUCUUUAUAGUUUGGGUGCUGGCGGCGAUCAUUUCAUUCCCUCCGCUUAUCACAAUGAAAAAGGAUGAGGGUAAAAAAGACAGCCCUGAAUGUAAAAUUAAUGAGAAGAAAUGGUACAUCAUAUUUUCCAGCACUGCCUCUUUUUUUGCACCCUGCCUCAUCAUGAUUAUGGUGUAUGUUAGAAUAUACCAAAUUGCCAAGAAAAGAACAAGAGCCCUGCCAGGUGAAAGGCAGAAAGAAUAUGGCAAUCCAGAAGGCACCAUGUGUGGUUUGGACACCCUGGGGAGAAAAGACAGAGAAGGGGGGGAGAUGGAAGAGGGGGACGGUAGAGAGAUCAACGGACUAGACGUGGAGGAAGAACCCUCCUCGUCUGAUGGGAAUGAAACCAUCCUAUGUUCCCUGAAGAAGAAGAGGGGCAUGAGAAUAACCAAAGUGGCUCAGAUAAAGCCUAGAGAAACCUCUCCAAAGCCAGAGGUGCAGCCCUGUGGGAGAGCGAACAAGUGGAAAGGAAGGCAGUACAGAGAGAGGCGCUUCACAUUUGUUCUGGCUGUGGUCAUGGGAGUGUUUGUUCUCUGCUGGUUCCCCUUUUUCUUCACAUACACGCUCACCGCCGUGUGUGACACCUGCUGUGUCCCAGAGAUAUUGUUCAAAAUUUUUUUCUGGUUUGGUUACUGCAAUAGCUCACUAAACCCGGUUAUAUACACUAUAUUCAACAAUGACUUCCGGAGGUCUUUUAAAAAGAUCCUUUGUACAAGAGACAGAAGAGGUUUAUAAAUGAGAUUUUUAUGCAUGCAUUUCAAAAACAGCAUCUAUA